CGUUACAUCACCUAAAGUCCGUUCCUUCCUUCAAAAUGGCGGCCGCUGAGGCCUUCCUAGUAGUUUGGAUAUCUAUCAUUUGGGUCACUGGCAUGGACUGUAAACACGAUCAUCCCGUUCCAACUUAUUUCGGCAAACUGCAUCCUAAUGGAACCAUUGUCGAUGCUCGAAACCCGGCAAAUAAACUUAGGUUCUCCUUUCCACUGAAACCGAUUACAACUCAAGAUUCUGGUGCUGUUUUGAAAGUGUCACCUUCAUCAGAGAUCAAAAACGGCGCGGAGGUGAACGUCAUGUGGUAUGGAGUUACUCUUCCAAAUAAAAAAGAUGUUGUUGGUCUUUACUGCCCACCGGAUGCCGAACCCGAUCUUUAUUUAGACUAUGUCAAUGUCAGCAGCAUAGCCACUUACUCGAAAGGUUAUGGCGAGUUUGGGGUUCGACUUUGGAAUUUAAGGAAGGACUGUGUAUUCAGAUACUACAGGAUUGGUAACUACUCGAUGCUUGUGGUACAAAGCAACGUUGUUACUUUCGAAGGAGGAGCAGAGAUACCACUGCAGGGCCAUCUAUCACUCACAGGCAACCCUACAGAAAUGAGAGUUAUGUGGGUGUCCGGCUUAAUGGAAACUUCUGUUGUAAAAUAUGGAACUGACCCGUCCGCUAUGUCUGAAGUGAUCAUGGGGAAUAUCAGUAAAACCUACACUGCUGCUGACAUGUGCAAUGCACCUGCCAAUGAUGUCAAUAACUUUGUUGAUCCAGGCUAUAUUCAUGAUGUUCUGCUGACUAACCUCACACCAGGAACAAAAUAUUACUACUCCUAUGGUUCAGUGAAGAUGAUGAGUCCUAUUCAGCAUUUCAAUACAGCUCCUCCUGUUGGUUCUGCAAAUAGGUUUACUGCCCUGGUUUAUGGAGACAUGGGAAUAUCCCCAAUACCUCGGGCAUACAAGACAGCAGAUUAUGCAACAGAAGAGGCUAACAAUGGAACUGCAGCCUUUGUAUUUCACAAUGGUGAUAUUUCUUAUGCUCGAGGAUUUGCCUACAUUUGGGAACAGUGGCAUGCAAUUAUUGAGCCCUAUUCCACUAUACUGCCAUAUAUGGUGGGUAUUGGGAACCAUGAGCAGGAUCAUUUGAAGGGAGGAUCCAAGGACCCCAGUGGGGCCCCUGGAGAAGGUUUUCAUCCCUGGUGGUCUGGGGGAUGGGGCUAUGAUUCAGGUGGUGAAUGUGGGGUUCCAAUGUACUACCGUUUCCACAUGCCUGAUAACGGAAAUGCAGUGUGGUGGUACAGCUUUGAUUAUGGCAGUAUCCACUUCAUGAUGAUGAGCACAGAACACAACUUUACACAAGGAUCUCGUCAGUAUGAAUGGAUGGAACAAGACUUAAAGAAUGUCAACCGCUCUCUUACCCCUUGGGUAGUGAUCGCGGGACACAGAGCAAUGUACACAAGUCAGAAGUUGGAGGGGGAUUACAUCAUCUCCCUGGGCAUGCAGCAUGCAUUUGAAUCUCUGUUGUAUAAGUACAAAGUUGAUCUGGCCUUCUGGGCUCAUUAUCACAGCUAUGAGCGCACAUGUCCUGUCUACCAGCGUCAAUGCACCCCAGGAGCACCUGUGCACAUUGUUGUAGGGACAGCAGGGAAAGAGUUGGAUUUAGAGGAUUAUUUUCCUGUGAGCUGGUCACUGUAUCAAGAAAAUGACUAUGGAUAUGGCCGGCUGACUCAGGCAAAUCGCUCUGCACUUCUGUGGGAAUGGGUUGAGAAUACAAGUGGAAAGGUCAAAGAUCAAGUGUGGUUGACAAAGUGAUGAUCACUCUGAUUGUGUGUUACCCCUCGUUUAUUUAAAAUAGACAAUUUGUGAAUAGGGCAGACUUUAAACUGUGUUCUUAAGGCUAAUUUUUCAUUACAUUUCAUUAGAAAAAUUUGCACUUUAAAAGCACCGUAUAGAUUUUAAUUUGGUUAAUGCUGCCUUUUGUGGAUCAGUGAAAUUGUCAGCCCAGAAUGGCUUUUGGGCUAGUAUCUAUAUGAAGAAAUUGAAGACAUUUUAACCCUUUUACAUGCUUAUGACUGGUAAAACCCUGGGAAAAGACCUGCAGUGAUGGACAUCCUCACCUACUUUAAUUUAUGGCAUUCAUUGAAGUCAGACAUAUGUUCUUUUUUAGUGUUCAUUUUUUUGGUCAAAAUAUGAAAAAAAUAAUGCUGUAGAAUUCAGGGGGGAAACAACCCAUACAAAAUAUUAUUUGCACCACCUCGUUCAUCCUCAGUACUCCACAUCUUGCAAUCACAGACACAUUGCGCGCCCUUUUCAGGCAGUGACCUGUUCUGCUCUACAACUGGGACAUUAAAAAAAUAGAGCAGAUUUUACAUGUGUGUGUUACUGACACCAUCAUUGUUAAGAAAACUCAGAUACUGGACAAUUUUAGAGGAGGAUGAAGUUGAAACAUCAGAUAACACCAGUACCUGUAUAGUACUUGUUUCCAGGAGCCCAUUACUUAUGAUGGGCUCCUGUUGUUUCUUAAGCAUGAGGGUCUUUUUCAGUGGGAUAGUGUAUACCGCAUGGUAUCAAAGGUAUUAUCGAUGGACAAAAUGACAACUUUCAAGGUAAUCCUUGCACAUUUCUUUCAUCAAGGCAUUAAUAUUAGUUUACUUGAAGUCAUUAACUGCUCUUUUUCUCUUGUUGUCUCAGGAUGUGCAUCUCUUGAGGACAUUAUCCCCUAACCCUCACCCCCUUGGUAGUGAGAUAAAGUUAUCAUCUGUGAACAGCCUAGAAGGGAGGGAGAGAGGGGGUUUUAGUUUCUGUGAGGAAACAAUCAUCUUUGGUUUUUUUUUCCUAUUUAAAUAGAUUUUUGUCUUAGAUUACAACAACCCCAGAUUUUAAUAUUAGAAUCUUUAUCAACUUUGCAUCUUUUUACAGAAAUUUAGUGCACUCUUUUCCACCCUUCUAGAGAACGUAUUAAACCUUCCUUCCUCUAUUUUGGAACAC